UCACUUGAAACCACGCACUCCUCUCGCUACAAACAGAUCUAGCUCCAGGUAGUUAAAUAACUUUGCAUCCACCCAGGAGAGGGAAAGUUCGAGAAUGUUCCGGCGCAGCGGCGGUGGCGGUGUCAGGGGCAAGACGGCGGCUGCGAGCACCAGCACGGGCACUGAGCUGCCCGUCGAUGGAGCUGUGCGGGUGACGAAAGUGGACAAGAUCCAGGCUUACAAUCUCGUCUCGAGGCCGUCGGUGCACCACGCCAUCGUGCCGGCGACGUCGGGGCCGGCGGAGAGCCUCGCCGUCAGUGUUGUCCGGGUGGUGGACGUCGUGGACGAAGCUGUGCGGGUGACCAAAGUGGACAGGAUCCAGGCUUACAAUCUCGUCUCCAGGCCGUCGGUGCACCACGCCAUCUCGCCGGCGACGUCAGGGCCGGCGGAGAGCCUGGCCGUGAGGGUAGUCCGGUUCGGGGACGUCGUGGACGAAGAAUCCGACGGCCUCAUCUCGGUGACCAUCACAUAGAACUAACUACUCUUUACUACGUAACUAAUAACUAGGCCUGUCGUGCCUUAAGCGUGUUUAACGUUUCGCGAGAGAAACAUAUGUACGCGCACCAGUGGGUAACUGUAAUGGCAAUAGCACGUGGAAGGAUAUUAAUAAUCUUGGGAAGAAAAAAAGUUUUUCCUCUAAAUUAUCGGAUUUGCGUCCGUAUAUUAUUUUUAAGGAUAAGUUUGCAUUUGAGGCAGAUCCAAUUAAUUUUGGUCAUCAAACCAUGUCAAUCCAAAGACCUAGAUUGCUCCAAUGAUGAGCUCUCAACAUAUUGGCAUGCAAUACCACUCGGAGUACAGAAGACUUAGAGUCACUCCGGAUGGCAACGGUCAGGAGUUCACUCCGUAGCCUUAAAGAUCAUUGAAUACACUUAUAGCUACGCCCUGUCUUAA